GCCAAAAACAGUGCCAUUUGUCAAAGAGCCUUUUGGAAGAAGGAGGUUCGGCUCGCUCGCUCCUACUUCCAAUCUAACUGCUGUAAAAUUGACAAAAAUGGCAAAGGCUCUCUUUCUGGUGGCAUCUCUGCUAAUUCUGGGGGAUGUUUCCUUUUUGCACGCCUCAUUUCCCCCCAGCAUUAUUAGUGACCUGGCAAAAAUCGUCAUGGACAAUUAUUGCUCACCAGAGAAACUGGCAGGGAUGAAGGAGGAUAUUGGAGAGGCUCACUCAAACACAGAAGUCCUCAACAUGCCAGAUGCCGACGAACUCGCCAGCAUUUUAAGUGAAGAAGUUGGGACCACAGUCAGUGAUCCACGCGUGAAGGUCUCCUAUGAACCAAACUAUGUUCCUGCGGUUCCCCAGCAGUUGCCUCCUCUUCCUCCUGAGCAGCUCGUCGCCGUCCUCCAGAGCUCCAUUAAACUAGACAUCCUGGAGGGCAACAUUGGCUACCUGAGAAUUGACCACAUCCUCGGGGAGCAUGUCGCUGAAAAGGUUGGCCCUUUGCUUUUAGACCUGGUCUGGAAUAAGCUCCUGCCCACCUCAGCUCUGAUCUUUGACUUGCGUUACACCGGCAGUGGGGACAUCUCAGGUAUCCCGUACAUCGUUUCGUACUUCACCGAAGCCGAGCCUCUCAUUCACAUCGACAGCGUUUACGACCGUCCCUCAAACACCACCACUAAGUUGAUGUCUAUGCCGACACUGCUGGGCCAGAGGUACGGCGUGAUCAAGCCUUUGAUCCUCCUCAUCAGCCAAAACACCAAGGGCGUCGCCGAAGAUGUUGCCUACUGCCUCAAGAACCUGAAGAGAGCCACACUCGUGGGUGAGAAAACCGCUGGGAGUUCACUGAAACUCGAUAAAAUCAAAGUAGGCGACACUGACUUCUACGUCACCGUGCCGACUGCAAAGUCCAUCAACCCUAUAACGGGCUCCAGCUGGGAGGUCACGGGCGUGUCACCGCACGUGGAAGUCGACGCAGAGGAUGCCCUCACCACUGCCGUCAAGAUCGUCAGCCUACGUGCCGAGGUUCCAGCCAUCGUUGAGGAGUCGGCGACCCUCAUCGCCAACAACUACGCCUUUGAGAGUAUUGGGAUCGAUGUCGCAGAAAAGCUGAAAGAGACCCUGGCAAAUGGUGAGUUCAACAUGGUUGUGUCCAAGGAGGAUCUGGAGACGAAGCUCACAGCCGAACUCAUGAAGCUCUCUGGAGACAAGAGCCUGAAAGUCGGCAGCACUACCCAAGGCCUACCUCCAAUGGAUUAUACUCCGGAGAUGUACGUGGAGCUGAUCAAAAUCUCCUUCCACACCGAUGUCUUUGAAAACAACAUCGGCUACCUGCGUUUCGACAUGUUUGGCGACUUUGAAGAAGUGAAGCCCAUUGCCCAGAUCAUUGUUGAGCAUGUCUGGAACAAAGUGCUCAACACAGACGCUUUGAUCAUUGACCUCAGGAACAACCUCGGCGGGCCAACGACAGCCAUCGCAGGCUUCUGCUCUUACUUCUUCGAUGGAGGCAAGGAGAUUCUGCUGGACAAGCUCUAUGACAGACAGUCUGGCACCACCAUAGAGCUCCUCAGCCUAGCUGAGCUCACAGGCCCAAGGUACGGCUCCAAGAGAAGCCUCAUCAUCCUGACCAGCGGAGCAACCUCUGGUGCUGCAGAGGAGUUUGUUUACAUCAUGAAGAAGCUGGGCCGCGCUAUGAUCAUUGGAGAGACCACUGCUGGGUCUUCCCACCCACCAACGACCUUCCAGGUCGGCGAGAGUGACGUCUUCCUGAGCAUCCCCACGGUCCACUCGGACAUUACAGCCGGGCCGGCCUGGGAGGGAGCCGGCAUCGCACCUCACAUUCCCGUCCCAGCCGACGCUGCCCUCGACACGGCCAAGGGCAUGCUCAACAAGCACUUGGUCGGUAACCAGUAAAUCAUGUCCUGAGCAAAUCAGGGGAGACGCCUUUUCACACUUGCUUUGUCAGCCAGAGGGUCUCAUAGGCUUCCUUUAAGAAGUGAACAAUAUAGGUUCAGUACAAAGUGUAAUCUGUUAUUAUUACCUAAGCCUUCUCGUUGUAAUAUGUUUGCAACAUAGAGUAAAGAUUUUACUCUGUUUUCUGUAGCUUCGGGCCUGUUAAGAGUUACUUUGAUUUAAAAAGCUAAGACAAUUCGAUUGUGAAGAAAGUUUGGUAAAGAGACAUAAAAUAAGAAUGAAGCAUACACAAAUAUAUUUUCAAACAGGGGUUUGCUUCUCAUUUGUUAUGCUGGAUGUUUAGAAUAGCAGCCUAUGAAAGAAUUUGUUAGUCAGUUAUGACCUCAUGCAAUGUGGAUGGAAAAUGCUAUAUCUGUAUGCAGUAAAGCUCAAGCCAUGUGGACCUACCUGGGUUGUAUCAAUUCCAGUGGUGAGACACAAAAAUAAAAA